AUGGACUCACGCUUUUGUGGCUUUUGUCGUAAAGAUAGAGGAAGUCUAAAUCCAACUAAUUGGAAUCGACAUUUACAAGCUUGUAAAAAUAAAAAAAUUAAAACUAAUAGUAGUUUUAAUAUUAAGCAGUUUUUUACUACUACAAGUACAAAAGUUGAUCAGAGUGGUGUAACCAGUGAAAAUCCUAAAAUUCUGAGUAAUGUUGUAGUACAAGAAAAAACAGUUGAUCAGAGUGGUGUAACCAGUGAAAAUUCCCUAGAAAAUUCAAAAGUACUGAGUAAUGUUGAAGUACAAGAAAAAACAGUUGAUCAGAGUGGUGUAACCAGUGAAAAUUCCCUAGAAAAUUCAAAAGUACUGAGUAAUGUUGAAGUACAAGAAAAAACAGUUGAUCAGAGUGGUGUAACCAGUGAAAAUUCCCUAGAAAAUUCAAAAGUACUGAGUAAUGUUGUAGUACAAGAAAAAACAGUGUUGGAUUUUGGCAAUGAUCCUGCUAUAUUUAGCUAUGUACAAGAUUUAAGCACUGAAAUAAUUGAUCAUUUUUUCAAACUUGGACCGUCACAACCAACAGCACAUGAAAUGCCAAAUAAAUGUUUUAAAAAGGACUCACUUGGUAGAUCUUUUCACGACAGCUGGUAUUGGAAAAAAUUGCCCAGUGGCGAAAUUAUACGAAGAAAAUGGAUGACAUAUUCAAAAACUGAAAACAAACUAUACUGUCUUCAUUGUGCAUUAUUUGGGAAGAAUAUUAAAAUAAAUUGGUCUCGCGAAGGUUUCAAUAAUUGGAAAAACGGAUUACCAAAAGUCAUUAUUCAUGAAACAUCAGAAGCUCACAUAAUGUCUUCUAUAAAAGUAGCAUACAGAGAAGCAUCAUUUCCAAUUAUACAAUCAAUAGAUGAAAAAAAUAACUUGGAUAAAGUAUUAAACAAAGAAAUUGUACGUCACUUAAUCGACAUAACUUUAUACCUCGGUAGACAUUGCUUACCGUUUCGUGGUCAUAAAGAGGGAUGGAAUGAACAACUUAUGGGUAAUUUUAAAGAUUUAGUGGUAUUAUUGACUAAGUACUCCCCCGCAUUGUCUUCUUAUGUUACUCAGCUACAAUUAAAAGGAAGAAAGAUCCAUAACUUUUUGUCUUGGCAACGCCAAAAUCAAUUAAUUAAAUCAAUUUCAAUGCACAUUAAAGAUACCAUACAAAAAGAACUUCUAGAAGCAAGAUUUUUUAGUGUGUCCCUAGACACAACAUUUGAUGUUUCUAGGAAAGAACAGUUAUCUGUCAUAUUAAGGUAUAUUAAUAAAAACACUGUUGACUGUAUAGUAAACGAGCGACUCGUGGCAGUUAGAGAGACUGCGACUACAACAGGACAACAUCUUUUUACUAUGCUUGAAGAAAUAUUUAACGAAAUGAAUCUUGAUUGGAAAAAUUACCUUGUCGGGCAAUCCUAUGAUGGAGCCGCUUCCAUGAGAGGUGUGUAUAAUGGUUUACAGGCAAUAGUAAAAGAGCACAAUCCAUAUGCUAUGUAUGUUUGGUGCUAUGCGCAUCGUCUAAGCUUAAUUAAUGUAGAUGCAGUAAGUAGUUGCACAGAAGCAAGAGACUUAUUUGGUAACCUUGAAGCAUUAUAUGAUUUUAUUGGUAGUAGUAAAAAAAGAGUAAACAUGUACUCCAAUUAUCAAAAAGAAAGAUAUCCAAAUAAACAAUUAAGAAGGCUCAAAAGAGUAGAAACAACACGCUGGUCAUCACACUCUUCUGCACUUGAAACAGUAUUUGCAACAUUUAAUGCAAUUUUGGACACACUAGAAUAUUUAGAUAAAGAUACAUCUUCAGAUCGCAUGAGUAGUAUUAAAGCAAAAAGUUUAUUUGAUUAUCUGAUAUCAGAACGUUUUUUUUUAACUGCAUUGACCUUUAGAAAAAUGUUUGAUAUUACAGGUCCAUUAAAUUUAUAUUUGCAGGGGAAAAAUAUUGAUUUGUUAUCAGCUGUAUCCUAUGUUAAAAGUGUACAAAAGAAAAUAAACUUGUUUAGAAAUGAUACUCAAUUUGAAGCAAUAGUGAAAGAAAAAGAAAUAUUUGUUAAUACAAAUGUUGUAGACUUUGAUAUAAUACCACUUACACAAACCCGUAUGAGAAAGAAAAAAAAAAUGCCAGGAGAGACAUCAUCAGAUGAACUGCCAAACUUAAGUCCAAUUAACAACUUUAAAAUAAAUACUUACUUUACUGUUAUUGAUAUAAUAAGUUCUCAAAUAUUUGAAAGAUUCAAUAACAAUUCAAAUCCUUUAAUAAAUGAUUUAUCACUUUUUAACAAAAAAAGACUUCUAGAAAUAACAAAAUCGUCCAAUUUGCCUAAUGACGCAUUUAAUGGAUUUCAACAAGUUUAUGGGAAGUUUGUUUUUGCUGAAGACUUGAGAAGAGAAUAUAUGCAAUUUGCAAAUGUAUAUUUAGAGUUAGAAAAAACAUUGUCGUUGCCAAAAACAUUACACCAACAAAAUAAUACACAGAUUAAAAAUUAUGAAUUUGAAGCCAGUGGUACUGAAAGUGAAGUAGAAGAAUUUACUGAUGAUGAUUCAUUGGAAACUCCUAAUAGUGAAGGUACUAUUCACAUGAUGUAUAAGAUAUGCAAUGAGGCAGGUUUGAAAGAAACAUUCCCUGCUUUAUACACUGCUUUAAGUAUUGCACUGACUCUCCCUAUAUCAAGUGUUUCUCCUGAAAGAACGUUCUCAAAAUUAAAACUGGUGAAAACAAGGCUUCGAAGUACAAUGAGUGAGGACAGGCUUGAAGCACUUUUGAUGAUGUCUUGUGAAUGUGAUAUUCCAAUUGAUGUAGACACUAUCAUCAAACGUUUUGCAUCAUGUAGUACAGAAUUGUCAAAAUUAUUAUUGUAA